GCAGGACAGUGUUCGAAAACCGGUGAUAUUCUCAUGAUAUUUCCAGUUCUAACACUCGGGCAAGAGAUUGAACUAAUCUGGGUGAGUAACAAGAUCAGAAGAAAAACAGGAGAAUACAAUGAAUUCGCGACAGAAGCAACGCUGGUCUCUCAUGACUGUGUUGUAUUUGAUUAUACGCUAUAUGGGAAUACCAUAUGCUAUUACCGAUGUUCCGGAACCUGUGCCAUUUGGCACGCUGACAGAUGCAGUGAGUAACAAUAUGAGCUACACAAUAAAUGCGACAAAUAUGCUCGUAUAUGUUAUGUUGGGUGUCAUCAUGAUUGCUCGCUUACAUGCAAUGUAUCAGAGAUCUAGAAAGAUGCUCAUCUUCCUUGUUACUAUCUUCUUGGUUGUUAACAUCGCCUCCGGAGUAAUCAUGGCAAUAUUGCUAACUGAGCAAACUUCAUGGGUGACACUAUCAUCCAACACGUAUAUAUGUUAUUACGAAUAUCAGGGGGACGUCGAGCUUCUGCCCUCAAUGAAUUGGAUUAUCUACAUCGUUUGGGAGGUCCUCACACUGUGUCUUUCACUCUGGAUUGCUGUAAAACACUUCCGUGACCUGCGACGACUCGAAUCGACGACAGGAUCGACCAUCGGGGACUGUUUCAAAGUGCUGAUACAAUAUCACGUGCUUUAUUUUGCAAGCUUUGUUUGUGUCUCUUGCCUCCAGUUUACUUAUCUCUCUCCAGAGCUCCAGAAUUCAGAUUCUGUUCAAGCUCAGAUAAUCCCCGGUGCUCUUAAAAUUUUAUUGAUCGUGCAGAUGUUUGUGCUAGGACCACGCCUCAUCCUUAGCGUUCGAGAAUACAACGCCAAACUUGUGGCCGAUUCCGAUGCAGAAACUAGCAUGAAUUCGAUUGUUUUCCAGGAGCGUGUACAUAUAUCGACUAGCAGUACUGUGUAGGAACAUACUUGCCGAGGAGGAGAAAUUUGGUUGAAGAUUCGUCGCGGUAUUGAUGUAACAUAUGGUGUUUUGAAGUAUAUUUAAAAAGUCGACCGUCUAGGCAAAUCUAUUUAUUGUUGUAUUACUAC